UACAUAAUAUUACUUUUUAUCUAUCCAUUCUAUCCGCCCAUCAGUCAUCGCAACAUUAGGAACAUAAUACAAUAAUCCGUCAAGGCCAGGUGUGAGUAAGUUCAUUGUAAACAACGAUUAUUAUUAUUAUUAAACAAGUGACAAUAUGUUGUCAUCGGUGACAGGAGAGUGUUUGUUGAUUAUUCAACGUCGCCUGAUAAAAAUAUAAAUCUCGCACUCUUUAGUCUGCACGCCAGCUCCGCAGUUCCAUUCCCUAUUCCCUCACCAUCGCCGACGCCGCCUCAAACUUUAGCCGACAAACAGACGACGGUUAAUAAAAAAAGUUUUGUGUCCAACAAAGUGCAUACUACCAACGCUUGCCGUGGCACUGUCAGCCAAGAUAAUAAACGUUACACGAUAAUAAUUAUAUUAUAUCUUCUAUACAUUUUAUACAUGUGUAAUGAUUAUAUAAAAAAUAGUUAAAAAUGUUAUAACGUUUAGCACUAUUUCAUUGAACGUAUUUGUGUAAUCUUCAUGUUUAUUGACGAAAGCAUCUGCUUGUUACAAAUCAUGGGCAAUUGGACUAGUUGUUGCUCGUACAGCAGUCCCCUGUCUAGGCGUAAGGAUGCAAAUGGCGCUAUAAAUGAAUUCGCGCAAGAGGGCGAGGAAAGUGUUGGCAACUURCAGCAUAUUAGUGAACGCGAGCAAGACGACUGGAAUACUGACCCAUCUGUCCAUCCAAAAGUUGCUACAAUAUUUCUAGAAAGAUCAAAAGUUGAAAAUGGUUUAACAAGAAAACAAAGUCAGUCUCAGAUUGUAGACUUCAGAUCUCUAAAAAAAAGUAGUUCAUGUUCAACUAUAUAUUUAGAUGAUAGUACAGUAUCUCAACCUAAUUUAAAAAAUACAGUUAAAUGCGUAGCACUUGCAAUCUACUAUCAUAUAAAAAAUAGAACUUCUGAAAGACAAAUUGAAAUUUUUGAUGAAAAAUUACAUCCUUUAACUAGAGAUAGAGUACCUGAUAAUUAUGAUGUUCAUAGUCCAGAACAUCGCCAUAUAUAUAAAUUUGUUCGAACAUUAUUUAACGCUGCACAAUUAACUGCUGAAUGUGCUAUUAUAACAUUAGUUUAUUUAGAAAGGUUAUUAACUUAUGCCGAAGUUGAUAUAACACCUGCCAAUUGGAAGAGAAUUGUUCUUGGAGCAAUUUUGUUGGCUUCAAAAGUAUGGGAUGAUCAAGCUGUAUGGAAUGUAGAUUAUUGUCAAAUUCUUAAAGAUAUUACAGUAGAAGAUAUGAAUGAAUUAGAACGGCAAUUCCUUGAGAUGCUACAAUUCAACAUUAAUGUUCCAUCUAGUGUUUAUGCCAAAUAUUAUUUUGAUCUACGUUCGUUGGCUGAAGACAAUGAAUUGACAUUUCCCGCAGAACCAUUAAGUAAAGAACGAGCUAAAAAACUAGAAGCAAUGUCUAGAGUAUUUGAAGAUAAGAUAACGGCUGAAUUUUUAAAAAAUGGUAUAAAGAAGUGGUCUAGUCUAGAUAAUGUAAGCAGUAAUACAGUUGCUCGUAAAAGUGUUGCUAUAUUAUCUUAAAAAGAAACUAAAAUGUUUUUGCAUUUGUAAAAAGAAUGUAACGUCACCGAUAUUGUGAUUAUUUUUAGAAUUAAUGUUUUAAGUUACUAUAGUUAUAAGACUUUUACUUUCUCCAUAUACUUUAAAUCUAGUGUUUUUAUUGAUUUAGUUUUUAAUUUUAUGGAUAUAUUUUAUUUGUUAGUAUACAACUAUAGAUUAGA